AUGAUUUAUGAUGGUUUGGAAAUUUUUCUAUUUUCUUCUUAUUUUGUCGAUAAAAUAGUUAACAAAAGUAUUGCCAAUGUUGAAAUUUUAAAUAAUAAGAAAAAAAAUAAUCUUGAAGAUUUAAUAAUUCCAAGAACAUUUAAAAUAUCAAAUACAGAAUAUGUUGAUAUUGAAAAUAAUUAUCAUAUUUUACAAAGAUCCAAAACAUGGCAAGCAUAUGAUACAAGCAAUAAGAAAGAUUUUUUACUACAAAAUUUAUCACAAUCUAAUGAUAAUUUAUUUAACAAUAAGAAAAUAAAAAAUGAUAUUUUUGAAUCAUAUUAUUUUCAAUCAAAAUAUUUAAAAAAAUUUAUAGAUACUUACUUUAAUAAACAUAUACCAAUACUAAAAACAGAAUAUGGAGAAGAAAUUAUAGGGAUAUUUUUAAAAAUUUUUACUGAACCACCUUUUAAUAUUAUUUAUUCAGUGAGAUAUUUAGAAGAAAUUGAAUGGAAUAAUUUAAAAAGAUUAAAAUAUGAAAUUAAUUGGAAAAAUCUUGUAUCUAAAAAAAAUGAAAUAACUUGUUUUAAUGUUGAAUUAAGGAAUAUCAAUAGAAAUAUUGAAUGUUCUGUUUAUGGUACAUUUGGUAAAGGAAGAAUGAUACGAUUUGAAAAAGGAUAUUAUUAUAUUAAAAGAUGGAUUUUUAACUUUGCUAAUUUUGAUUAA